GCCAUAGAGACGCUUCUGGCGACUUCUUUCGCUGUUUCAAAUGCGGCAAAUUUGGACACUGGGCCAAGGACUGUAGAUCCAUGUUCUGGUCGGGAAGCUACCAGUCCCCUAGAUACAGUUCUUGCCCUGGAAUCUUCUACAACAAGCCAACCGCAGGCCAAUCAAUUUAGCCAAAGCAUUGAAGAUGACUUGGGGAAGAUAGAUCAAAUUGCACAGGAUUACGAACUUAAAAGUGGACAUUCAUUAAGUGUUAAGAGUAAUUUGAAGAAUAAUUUAGGUUUCUGGAGAUCUAUAGCUGCUCCGGAUUUUAUUUUGUCUGUUAUUGAAAACGGCUACAGUCUGCCGUUCAUCAGUUUUCGUUGGCCGUAAAACUAAAUAAAUAAUAAAUCAGCUCGACUUCAUGCUGGUUUUGUGGACCAAGCUGUCCCUGAGCUUGUUAACUCUGGUCGGGUGCGUAUGGUUAAUGAGCAGCCUUUUGUUGUAAAUUCCUUGUCAGUUUCUAUACAGCCAUGCGGUAAGAAGAGCUUAAUUCUUGAUUUGCGCCAUGUCAAUAAGUCAUUUAUUAAGCAAAGUGUUAAGUACGAGGACUGUAAAAUUGCUAUGUCUUAUUUUGCGAAAGACGCGUACACGCAUGUUUUCCUUUGAUUUAAAAGCGGUUAUCACCAUAUCGAGAUUGCGAAAGAGCACCAAACAUUUCUGGUGUUAAAUGGCGGGCGCCUGAUUCCAUCAAUAAGGUAUUUUGUGUUUUCUCUGCGCUCCCGUUCGGUCUUUCCUCUGCCCCUUAUGUUUUCACAAAGGUUUUGAAGCCUUUAGAAAAGUAUUGGAGAAUACAGGGUCUUCGUAUAGCCAUCUUCUUGGACGAUGGUUGGGCGAUUGUUCAGGAGAGGGAAGGUUGUCUCAUUAAGGCCCAAGCUGUGAGCGAGGAUUUGUAUAACGCGGGUUUUGUUGUCAACGAAGACAAAUCGGUAUGGGAACCCACCCAAGUAUUGGACUGGUUGAGCAUAACCCGGAAUUCUGCACUGGGUACUUUAAAAAUUGUAGAAAGAAGAAUUGUUAAGAUCAUCAAUGGUACAAUUGAUCAUAUUAUUGAAGACGAUUUCAAAGUUUUGGCCUCCUUCACAGGUCAAAUUAUUUCUACCGGGCCUGUAGUUGGUAACAUUGGCAGGAUAAUGACCAGACAUUGUGUCUUGUCCACCUUGUGCAAAGAUAACUGGGAUUCUAUAUUCCAUCUUGACGAUUACUGCAAAGAUUAG